AUUCAUUAUUUUAUUCUCAAAUCUCAUUAGUGCACUUUUCGUGAAAGUGAAUGCUUACAAUAAUUAAAAAGCGUUUGAUUGUUCACAUUUGAUUAAAAAUUUAUAACCAAGUCAAGGUGAUGAUGAAAUAAUAUCUAUGAGAUAAGAUUAUUUUAUGUGUGUAGCUGAAAGCUUUCGGGGUCGUCUUUGCGUAAUAACAAAAAACAAAUCUUGUAUACAAAAACAUGGAUUUUUUAUUAGGUGGAAUGUCAGCUGCAUGUGCAGGUUUCUUCUCAAAUCCUUUUGAUGUAAUAAAGACAAGACAACAACUUCAAGGUGAAUUAGUUUCAAUCAAAACAACAGUCAAAGACUUGCAGCUUAAAAAAGAGCUCAAGAAACAGCCUUAUAAAAAUGUCAUUCAAUCAAUCAAAUCUAUAAUAAACGCAGAAGGUGUCAUUGGAUUGCAAAAAGGUUUGGUAUCAGCUUUGGCUUUCCAAUUUUGUAUGAAUAGUAUCAGAUUAGGAACGUAUCAAACAAUCGAUAAUUUAGGAUGGAACAGAAGACAAAACGGCGAACUUCAUCCAGUGUUGUGUAUAUUUUGGGGUGGAGCUAGUGGAAUAUUUGGAUCUACUGUUGGAUGUCCACUAUAUAUGAUUAAAACUCAACUUCAAGCCCAAUCUCAUGGUACAUUUGCUGUUGGAUUUCAACAUGGUCAUAAAAGCACAUUUGAUGCUUUAAAGAAAAUUGUAAACGAAAAUGGAAUCAAAGGAUUAUGGAGGGGUUGGACUGGAAUAUUAGUAAGAACUGCUGUAGGAUCGUCAGCCCAAUUGACGACAUUUUCGAAAAGCAAAGAUUUCUUAGUUCAAUACGAGUUCUUUGCUGAAUCAAUUUUCUUCACUGCUGUUGGAGCAUCAAUGGUGUCUGGUCUUUUUACAGCAAUAACUAUGACACCAUUCGAUACUGUUGCCACAAGAAUGUUUAAUCAAGGCGUAAACGAUAAAGGAAAAGGUUUACUUUAUAGAAACAUUUUUGAUUGUUUCCUUAAAACUUUGCGAGUUGAAGGUUUCUGGGCAUUGUACAAAGGAUUUUUAGCAAACUACUUGAGACUUGCACCUCAUACUAUUUUAAAUUUAACAUUUUGGGAGCAGUUCAAGGAAUGGAAAGAUCUUUAUUUCGAAUCUAUCGUUUAUUGACUAUUAUUAUGAAACUGUUACAGAUUUUAUUAUACACUAAAACAUGAUAAAACGUACAAAAUUAAACUUAAUUUAUUUCUCUCUUGUAAUUUUAAAU